GUUCGAAAAAGUAGAGGUCCAAAGAAGAACAGGACAUGACUGAAUGUCAUCACCAUGAAUGACUAGGACGCUCUUGUUCCAACAUGUCGUGAUCGAUGUCGAUUAAGCCUUCGAGAAGUGUUGGUCGACCAUCUUCUAACUACUAUUUCAAAUCGAACUGCUUACUUAUGUAUACGUGAGAGAAACAAGUUGAUAAUGACGUUCCAUAUGCUCGGCACUCGUGAAAAGUUGAGAGUUGUAAAGUAGAGUCUCGAGGAGCAAGUAAAGUCGACUAGCUAUGAUCGAAAGAAAAGCAAAGAGAAAUCGGCAUUCAAAAAUCAAAUUCGAAGGCAAGCUGGAAAGCAAAAAUAAAUUUCUAAAACUCAACUGGAACAAAUGAGUAGUGUGAAAAAGAACUAGGACUCUUUGUUUUGAAGAAGAACAGAAAAUGAACAAUCAAGCAUAAGCAACGAUAUUGCAUAUUUGGCAACCUACACCUAGACGAAAGUAACAAGUGAAGACCGGACUAAGUCUAAGAAUAGAAAAUGUUGGACCAACCAAGUGGUGCUUCUGCAUCCUUGGGUGCGGCCUCCGAGACCUUGACGGUGCCACUCGACCCGAGUUUGAUCCUCCUCGCUAAGGUAGCCACUGUCGCGAGUUGCGUCGUGACCUUUACGCCGUUGCCGUACAUCUACCACAUUGUAGUCACGGAUGGAGCGAGCAUAGUGGAGAUGACGCGGACAGCAAGGCAGAAGAUGAAUUUCUGCCUCCCCUACGUUUUUCUCUACAUGUCGUCGCUUUUCUGGGCUUUCUACGGGUACACAACAGAGAACGCGGACAUCGUUUUCAUAAACGGAUUGGGCGUGUUUUGCUUUCUGGGAUACUUGGUAGUGGCGAAUUACUUCAUCGAGAAGAAUGCAGCGAAGGUCGCGUUGUCGAUGAGUACAACUAGUCGUGGUUGUGCUGGUGCAGGUCCUAGUAGUUGUAGGGUUGCUGGACGCGGCUAUCAAGAACAAGGGGAAGAAUUUGCACAAGGUAGCUCAACUACGUCGGAAGAAGCACCAGAUACACUGGCUGGCGAGCAUGAUGUUGUUCACGAUACAGAUCCUAGCAGUAAAUUAUCUUGUUCUACUAGAUCGACGACAAUGGACCACGGCUUACAACAAUCAGGAUCAUCCUCGAACCAAUUGUUUGCACCACAGCAAGGUGGAGACAAACAUGACACCAGUUCUUCAUCAAAGCAUCAUCACCAACCCAGCUCCAGUAGAGGUCUAGCCGCUGGCUCACCGCUUGACGAUCAACCGCAACGUCAACUUCAAUUUGAUAGUGAGCAAAAGAACUUUCAUCAGUCUAGUAGUACUUCAUCUGAGGAACAAAGAGCCUGGGCCUAUUCACGUGGCGACUUCGAAAAAGGCGAGCUUUUCAACUACUCGAAUCUAGAUUCGCUCUUCGUCUGGCAGCGAUCUCAUUCUAAAUGCAGUACAGGUGAAACGAGCUCGAAUUGUGGGAGUAGACCGAUGUCUUCGCCAGUUGUGGUAGAAGAGAAGGCGGCUUCGAGGCACACGACAGGACUUGCGAGUUCUUCGAAGGGAUCAACCUCAGUGACAUCGAAGGCUACAACUGGUGCAGGAUCUAGUACUGGUACAGCCGCCUCGUCUUCGCAAUCUGGAUCUAGUACCGCGACGGCUGAUGCAGAACGACCUCUGGGUCGGGCGAUGAUGCUGCGGGACACCAGGCCAGCGGCGCCCUCGCCGAGCACUGGAGAGUGUGGCGCUAGUACAGAUGACGAACGCAGUCUCAGUGAGACAACUCCACCAAGUCGUGCGGACGAUGGGCAUUUGACUCUCUCUUUACUGAAUGGGGCUACAGGAGUAGACCAACUGCAGGGGGUCGAGGGAGCACUUACAAGAGAUGUGGAUCAUGAACAUGAACAAGUUUGUGUGGUCAAGAGCAAUGGAGCUUCUGCUACUAGUGCAACUAUAACGUCCUCCUCCAGCGGAGAUCAACAUCAAUCCUCUACGGUUGAUCUCGAAGCGGCUGAUGGAACUACGAUUCUGAGUCCGCAGAGCUUAGCAAGUAGUAGAAAAGCACCUACUUUCGCGGGUGGACCAAGUAGUGGCUUUUCUUCUGCACAAAAAUCAACAUCUUCAAGCAGUAAGAAGUCCACCACAGGUGCUACUACUACUUCCGAGGGCAACCUCGGUGAUCUUCAUGUUUCCUCCUCUUCCUCUAAGAAGAAAUCCACCUCCAACUUGUUAUCGACCAGAAGCGGUUCUGAGCAAGACCUCACAAUUUCUGCAAGAGACGACUCAACAUCUGGUCAUCAAACAGUCUUCGGUCCGUCAACAGAUCACGAACUUUCAUCUUCAGUCUCUUCUUUGGAUGAUACGGAUUUCUUACCAGCACAUGCUGACGAUUCUGGUGCGCUCGAUCCGACGAUUCCUUUAUGGGGUGCUCGAGCCCUAUCUGGAAGCGCCUAUGGAGCAGCGUCGGGCGAGGAGUCUUCUGCCCUCUUGGCGAGUCGUGGUGGACAUGAGGACGGCGUUGAAGGGUGUGAAAAACAGGGAGUGGAGCAAACAGGGAGUGGGGACGGCAGUGCGGAAGGUGAAAACGGCGUUUCCUCUUAUUGGAAUAGCGUCAUGCUCGGCUCAUCAAACAUUAUGGCUAAAAAUAUGAAGUCAGCUUAUAAGUAAUGCUCAUCAUGGUUCCAACAGCUGAGGUCGUUUCCUUGAAAACGUAUCUAGACUUCAGGAUUUGCUAAUUUAAUGCACAUCAUUUAUCGACUUCUAAUCUUGAAAACGACUACAAGGCGCAAGUUAGGCGACAGAUGCGAUGGUCGUUUGUUUCCGGUUUUAACGUGAGUCUUGUGACCGGUGCCGCUCUCUUCUGUUUUGGUGUGAUGCAUCUUGGCAAUCACGAAGAUCACGCACAGAAGCUACUCAUCGAAGAAGCUGUUCAUCAAAAGAAGUUGCGUGAAUCAAAGGUCGACGAUAGUGCGGCUAAGAAAGUUGUGGAAGUUGAAGUCGCUGAAUCAGGUAGAAGUGGAGGUGACAAAAACAGCGCCCGUAAGGUACAAGGUGGAGAGAAAGAGAAAGUUAUCAUCACAACGUCUGGUGGAGCAGGAGGUGAGGAAAGAGUAACCACCACUAGCGCAACAUCCUCAAAAGAUGGAGAAGAGGAAAGCAAAGGAAAAGCUUCUGAAUCUGAGGACACUGCCAUUGUCAGCACUGCUGUGCCGUCAACAGGUUCGCACUCUUCCGACUCUGCUAGGAGCGCUUCGGAGAUUAUAGUGUCUGGUGGAGGUGGGAAGAAUGGCGGCACCACAACAAUUGUCAAGGUCGAAACUGAUAGUGACAGCGGAGCUGGUAGCGCGAGCAGGAAAGUCGACGAAGAUGCAAAAACAGAAGCAGAUUCAACAAAAGUCGUGGCUUCGACCUCAGCCGAUGAGAAGACUAGCACUACUACAGACAAGAAAGCUGCUGCUGGCGAAGAAAAGGCAGCGUCUGAAGGGUCUUCCACGGCAGGGCAGACCAAGGCAGGUUCGAACUCUGAUGAAGCCGUGGCGAAGACUGGGAAAAAAUCUCCACCAGAGGAAAAAGGCGAACAACAUAGCUCCACCAGUAAAAGCGGCAACGGUCCCUCAGUGUCGGUGAUUCCGAGCUCGUCAAACAAGGGUGCGUCGGUUUCAGUCGUCAUUAGCACCGGAAGCGGUCGGUCGCAGACACAAAGUUCUACAAGCUUAUCAUCUGCGUCCACAACAUCUACUUCAUCUAUUAAACAUCAAGCAGAGGACGACGGAGGUGCAGGUGCAAGUGCAACUACUACAACGAAGUACGGAGACUUUGUUGUGAAAAGUAAGAAGGUGAAGGCUGCUGCUGCUCCUUCCUCGCAGAUGAACAAGUCUUCCGCUUCCAGCGAGGCUGAUAAACAGGAAAAGGUAUCGCCUGAAUCUUCUUCCACUGCAUCUGGUGCUUCUGGCGGUGGUGCUCUUACUGCAUCAACGUCCGAGUCUGAAGCCUCUAGUAGUCCUUCUCCCGCUGAAGCUGAAGGCGUAAAGAAAGUUAUUGACGCGAUGGCUACAUCCGAGCGAUCGAGCGCAACCUCUGCUCCAUCUACUACAUCAAAUUCUGGGGAAGCAACUUCUACAUCGUCCGUCGCACCUUCCGCUACGGACACAGUGAUCAAGCUGUUGGCUGGUUCUUCAGGAUCGACUGCAUCUCUGGAAACGGCUGGAGGUGGCAGCUCUUUGACAUCUUCUGGUAGUGCUGCUUCUGGUACUGCUUCGGAGCACAUUGAGGCAACAGGAAAGGAAUCCGGUGCUGCCUCAGCGUCGUCGUCUUCGACAGAUCUUCAACAUGCUUCCUCUAGUCCUAGUGGAAGCACGUCCAGUGGUUCUGACGUAAAAAGCGGCUCUCAAGAACAGCAUUCUGCUUCUGCCUCCUCAGAAAAUGUGGUUACGAUCACUACCACGUCGAAUGGCGGUUCGGAAUCGUCUGGGUCGACGAAUUCUUUUAGCGGAGGCAGUGGACCGCAGUCUAUUGUCGUCAAAAUCAAUACCGGUGGUGAAGAAGAGACAACAGUAGCACCGCGACGAAAAGAGGGUGGAGCUGAACACGAAGAUGAAGUAGUGCCUGCGAAGACAUCUUCGGUGACCUCGUCAACUUCGGAGGGAUCUUCAAAACGAGCAAAGGAAGAUGAGCAGCAUCAUCAAACCAGCAAAGCAACUACUGGUUCAUCUCAGCCGCGGGUAACUGUAUUGGAGUCGAAACGUCGCGAGGCUCAGGCUACUCAAACGCCAUCUUCAGGUUCUGGUACAACUCCUGAUGCGGUCGUUACUGUGCAUCACAAGAACGAGUCGCCGCGUUCAUCCGCAUUGGCGGUUUCCAGCCAACAAGAUCAGAACACAUCAUUGUCGAGUGUUGACAAGCAAUCAGAAGGAGUCGACCACAAAGUGGAUACGUCGUCUCAAACGAAGUCAAACGAAGGUGGAGGUGGUGUUGAGUUACGCAUUCAGUUUGGAGACAGCGGGUCACACGCAGUGCAAGUGCAGCAGGUGAGCGAUAAAGAGGAAUCUUCGAGUACUGACUCUUCGUCGUCUGGUGGGGAAGGAGAGAAAUCUUCAUCCAAAAUCGCAAGGUCGCAGGUUGCAGAUUCGAAGGAACAAGAAAAAACAUCAGCAGAUCAUUCUCCAUCUCACAGCGCCACCGCAGAACUAGAAAAUGAGACUUCUACCGAAGUGAGCAGCAAGGGGAACAAGAUAGAAAUUGUCGUGGGCCGCAGUGCGGGGAAGAGCAACUCUAAAGAACAGGUUGGAACGACUACUUCUAAAAAACACGAAACAACUUCUGUUGAAAAACAUCAAGCUCCUCAAGAACAUGCAACUUCAUCCACCACACAACUUGAUAAAAACCUCUCUUCUACAACGAGUACCGAAGUCGGAACUCCUGCUUCGUCCGACGACUCCCAGGCUGCAAUCAAGAAGCCGCAUAAGGCAGCGGAGAAGGCAACUCCAGAAGCAGUUCUUGUGGUGAGUCGGGAAGAGGUGUUGCGAUCGCUCGCAGCAUGGAAUGGACAGUCUGAGGUAGCCUUUCGGGUCAGUUCCACCGGUUCCUCAACAAGUUCAACAUCUUCGGGUACAACUACAUCCUCUAAAUCAAGUACGGCAGAGAACUCGGUCGAAGCCAUAAGAAGUGCGAGUGAAUCUUCGUCUCCAGCAAGCAUCGCUUCCGUUCCGGCUAGCUCCGCAAUCAAAGAAUCGACUACCACUUCGUCUGAAACAGCAAAGAAGAUGGAUAAGAAGACCGACAUCGAUGCUGCAGCAACGACGCUUGGAGGUGAUGCUCACCAAAAAGAAGAGAAAGACCACGUAGUUGCGGCUGUUGCUGCUUCUAAAAACAGCAAGACCAACACAGCCACUGUGGAGAAAAGCAAGCACCGUUCUACAGCAGCGUCCGAUCCAUCAAAGACGAGUCAGAUUCAGAUCACAGUUUCUUUUAGCAAAGGAUCGUCUUCAGGGGAGACCACUGUUGUAGAAGCAGGAGAGGAGAAAGAAAAGAAACUACUUUCCAAUCCUGUUUCUGUUGCGGAGGUAGACGCGAGUCAAAAACAAGAGAAGCAGAUUUCUGAUACAACGAACAAGGAUACAGCACAGGUCGUUGUAGCAUCUUCUUUUCUCCAGAUGGAAAGUGCUUCAUCAUCAACAUCAAAGCGGUUCGUGCGACGCGAGGCUAAAAACAGUGUAGUUGGUUCCCUCGCGUCUCCACUGAUGUUUCUCGAGGUAAAAUCCGAAGAGAAUUCGGGUGCAUCUACCUCUAAUGCCUUAGGAACUUCAAAGCAGGCGAAGCUGUCUACGGCAACAGCCACAGCUGUAGACUCAGCAUCCUUUACUUCAGUCUCAAACAAGGCUGUAACACCUCCAGAAGCGGUGAUCACUGUUACCUCCUCUAGUAGCGGGGCAGCAGCUGGAACGGCGCAGCGAGCAGGAACGAACGGAACGCUAAGCGAGACGGACAGCAUGCUGGAUUCGAUUCCUCACAUCGUGGUGACGUCAAAGGCCCAGAUUUUCUCAUACCUGGGAAUCAUUGUACUCUACUUACUUCAGUGCUGUUACUCGUUUGUUCUAUGGUUUCGUCAUUUACAACGCAUCUGUCAGAAGUGAGACACUUAAAAACUCGAGGAACUACAACAGGAAGAAGAUUCCAAAUUUAAAAACAAACCCAAGAAACCCUUAUAUGCACAUGCAGGCCAACAUCCUCGUGUACGUUGUUCCUUGCGCGCAGUUGCUGGACGUGAUCGAGACUGGCGAUGUUGAGAUGUUUCCAGUUCCUUUGCUCACGGUGGCUUCUUUGGUCGCGAACUUGCUUUGGGCAGAGUACAGUCUCCGGAUUCACUCCAUCCCUUACUUGGUACCGAACGUGAUGGGCGUGGUUUUCAACUCCUUACAAAUCUUAGUGCUCACGUUCUACUUCUCAAGUUCUACUCCCAGUGGCAGAAGUGCUGCCCAGAUGAAGAGGAAGCAGCAGCAAGAUGAAUUUCAGCAGGAUCAUGGAGGUUCUAGUACUUGUACAACGGGUGGAGGAGGUGCAUACAAUAACAAUUACAAUGCUGGGACAACGACCAGCAACAGUAACAUGUUGGUAAAGAGCUUGCACGCGAAUAAGAAAUUUCAGCAAAAUGCGUGCAUGCUUGGAGCAGAUGGUGCAGGGGGAAGUGGAGUAGUGGAGUGAACUUUCCAAGAAAGAACAGAUUUUGUGAAGAAAUGAACACGGAUUCUCUGUUGAAGAGGUAUAAAGUGAUUGUUACGAUCUAUUAGCUGUAUGUGCAGAAGCAGGAGUACAAGUACCACUGUAGUAAGUAGACUCACUUUUACUCGAUCGAGUCGAAUAAUGAACAACGAGAAUUUAUUACGCAAGCAAUAAUUUAAUUAACGAACCAGUCAGUGUGAACUAAAAAUGACUUUUUCGCAAUGACUAACUUAGACGACAUGUUGUUAUGACCAUGACAGCGUGAAUACUAUUUGAAUUUUGAAAAGGAAUUCGGAUAUUCUAGUGAACUUCAUUAUUUACCAUCGAGAAUCAGGGAAAGGAAAAGGAUAAGAAAAUGAAACCAAUCAGUUUCCGGAGCUACCAAGAGAAAUCGGAGGUGGAGCUCUCUGUCAUAAUCAUAGAGGUUCCGCUGACGCCAAUUUUACUUUCUGUCAUAGAUUAUCGAACUUUUCUCAAUGUCAUUGAUUAGCCUUCCACUGGUACAUCAAGGUACUAGAAGUAAGUAAGUCAAAGUGCAUAAUGAACUUCAGAUUUUUGUGAAUGCAAUUGCAAGCCACAACGAGUAACUACAUCUGUUUGUCAGGAAACAAGAGGAGAUAAUUUCUGCCACAGCCUCAUGUAAACUCGCCUUAUGUGAAGAUGAAAUUGCGUGUAAUAGAAGAAGUUUCUUACCACAUUCAUCCUAAAAAAAAAUAGAUUCCAUAUCUAGUCGAUCCCGUGAUUUCAAUUAUGCCGAACUCUUAUUCCAGUUUUGUUUUUGAAUCAAAAAGUUGUCUUGAUUCAACCUGCUGUCCUCAUUCUAGCCGAUCUAUACACACCUUAGCAACUACGAAAAGAACACUAUCAACAUGUGCAGUGAAAAACGAACCCUCCUGAAAACUGUUGCAAUAGAAUUCCGAGAAUAGAGCCUUGCUGACAGCGCAUUCCACCUAAGAACAAAAUUUGCAAGAAAUAUUCAUCCACACCCCC